AUGACAAAUAUAUCUCAAAAUAAUGAAUUAAAGGACUGGAUUAAAAAAAAAUUUAUUACAUAUAUAAAAUGGAAUGAUCUGGUUGGUAAAUCGCCAGUUGGUUCAGGUCAUUUUGGAGUUGUAUAUAAAACACAUUGGAAUAGCAUGAACAAAGACGUUGUUCGUAAGUCUCCAUUCCUAGAAAAUAAUGAUGCUAUUCAAAAUGAAAUACAAAUAUUAGCUAGUAAUCGAGAUGAAAGACCUAUAAUUCAACAUGUAUAUUCAGUGUUAGAAAAUAUGUUAGAAAAGUUAUAUAAGAGUGUUGAAAAAGAUAGCGAAGACAUUAAAGGCAGGUAUUAA